AAAAGGCCAUGAGGGAGCUUGGUGCGCCCCAAAAGCGUCCUCGUUGCGGGAGUCCCGACCCCCCUCCGGAGCACGCCGCGGCGCUUGCCGAGGCAGCAGGCGCGGAGUUCCAGGACGAUGGCGAUCCCCAGAGCUGGAGUCCCGAGCAACUGUGCACCUUCCUCGACCAUCAGGGCUUCAGCGACCCGGCGCUGCUCAGCCGCUUCCGAGAAAACAAAAUCAGAGGUUCUCAGCUUCUCCACCUUGAUGAAUCUCUUCUUGAAAACCUUGGAGUAAGGUCUUCAGAAGAGAGACAGAAGCUGCUGGAUUGUGUCUGUAAACUGAAUCAAAACUAUGAAGAUACAAUGAAGGUGUUUAAUGAUCCUAUCCAUGGCCACAUAGAGCUUCACCCACUUCUUAUCAAAAUCAUUGACACACCUCAGUUUCAACGUCUGAGAUAUAUUAAACAGCUUGGAGGAUCUUACUAUGUUUUUCCAGGUGCUUCACAUAAUCGAUUUGAACAUUCUCUGGGUGUCGGGUAUCUAGCAGGAUAUCUGGUCCGCACUCUUCAAGAAAAACAGCCUGAGCUACAGAUAACUAAUCGGGAUAUACUUUGUGUUCAGAUAGCUGGGCUCUGUCAUGAUCUAGGUCAUGGACCAUUUUCACACAUGUUUGAUGGAAGGUUUAUUCCUCUUGCUCGCCCAGAGUUGAAUUGGAGGCAUGAAAAUGCUUCAGUCAAGAUGUUUGAGCAUCUGGUUAAUGCCAAUGGAAUUGAAGAUGUCAUGAGGAACUAUGGCCUUGUCCCAGAAGAAGAUAUAUGUUUUAUCAAAGAACAAAUUGAAGGAUCUCUUGAUUCAACAGAAGAGAACUCUCAGUGGCUGAAGAAAGGGCGACCUCAAGAGAAAAACUUUCUUUACGAGAUAGUGGCUAAUAAACGCAAUGGCAUUGAUGUGGAUAAAUGGGAUUAUUUUGCCAGGGAUUGCCACCAUCUUGGAAUUCAAAAUAAUUUUGACCAUAAGCGCUUUAUUAAGUUUGCUCGUGUAUGUAAAGUAGACAAGAUGACACAUAUUUGCACCAGAGACAAGGAAGUCGGAAAUCUAUAUGACAUGUUCCAUACACGCAACUGCCUGCACCGAAGAGCUUAUCAGCACAAAAUCGGCAACAUCAUUGAAAAAAUGAUUACAGAUGCCUUCCUUAAAGCAGAUCCCUAUAUACAAAUAGAAGGUUCAGGGGGAAAAAAAUACAAGCUUUCUACAGCAAUUGAUGAUAUGGAAGCCUACACUAAACUCACAGAUAACAUCUUUCUGGAGAUUUUGCACUCUACUGAUCCCAACCUGGCUGAGGCACGAGAGAUUUUGCAAAAAGUUGAAUGUCGCAAACUAUACAAGUUUGUGGGCGAGACUCAGCCAACAGGGACAGAUAAGAUUACAGUGGAGGAAUAUGAUCAACUUCCAAAAAGUGUUGCAGAAUCUAAACCAGAAAAUAUACCCCUACCAGUGGAAUUAAAGGCCGAAGAUUUUGUAGUUGAUGUUAUCAACAUGGAUUACGGAAUGAAAGAAAAAAAUCCUAUUGAUAAUGUGCGUUUCUAUUGUAAGAGUGACCGAAGUAAACCAGUCAUGAUUACAAAAGAUCAGGUUUCACAGCUUCUGCCUGAAAAAUUUGCAGAACAGCUUAUCCGAGUAUAUUGUAAGAAAACAGAUAAGCAAAGUUUAGAUACUGCUGCUCAAUAUUUUGUUCAGUGGUGUAUAAACAAAAACUUCACUAAACCACAGGAUGGUGACGUUUUGGCCCCAAAGCUAACACCUAGGAAACCAAGUUGGAAUCCCCAGAAUAGAGGCCAGGAUCCAGAUGGUGCAAGAAAGGGUUACAAACCCAAAGGCAACCUUUUUGGGAAUUGACUGAUAGAAUGGCAGUGUCUGCUCACUGUGUUUGCAUUUCUGCUUCUUAUAAAGGGAUCUGUCCAAGUUACAGCACUGCAAGAAGGCUUAAACAUACCUAGCACCUAUUCCUUGGCUUCUUCAAACACAGCUGCCCCACAUAUCUCAAUCAGAA